AUGGCCGGCGGGGAGAGGGAGGACGCGCUGGUGAUGGACUCCGGCGAGAAGCGCCUCAACGAGCUCGGCUACAAGCAGGAGCUCCGCAGGGAGAUGACGCUGUUCAAGACGCUGGCCAUCUCCUUCUCGACGAUGACGCUCUUCACGGGGAUCACGCCGCUGUACGGGAGCAGCCUGCAGUACGCGGGGCCGGCGCCCCUCGUCUGGGGCUGGGUCGUCGUCUCCUUCUUCACCUGGUUCGUCGGCAUCGCCAUGGCCGAGAUCUGCUCCUCCUUCCCGACCACUGGCUCUCUCUAUUUCUGGGCUGCUCAUUUGGCAGGUCCAGUCUGGGGUCCGUUGGCAUCUUGGUGCUGUGCUUGGCUGGAGGCCAUUGGCCUCAUUGCUGGAAUUGGUACACAGGCUUAUGCAGGAUCCCAAGUACUGCAGAGCAUCAUCCUACUCUGCACCGGCACCAACACGGGCGGUGGCUACCUGGCCCCUCGCUGGCUGUUUCUGGUCAUGUACAUCGGGUUGACGCUGAUCUGGGCUGUGCUCAACACUUUUGCGCUUGAAGUCAUCGCGUUCCUCGACGUGAUCUCCAUGUGGUGGCAGGUGAUCGGUGGCACCGUCAUCGUGGUGAUGCUCCCGCUGGUGGCCAAGACCACGCAGCCGGCGUCGUACGUGUUCACCCAUUUCCAGACGGCGCCUGAUGUGACCGGGAUCAGCAGCAGCGCCUACGCCGUCGUCCUGUCCUUCCUGGUGAGCCAGUACUCGCUGUACGGGUACGACGCGGCGGCGCACCUGACGGAGGAGACCAAAGGCGCCGACAAGAACGGCCCCAUCGCCAUCCUCUCCAGCAUCGGCAUCAUCUCCGUGUUCGGCUGGGCGUACAUCCUGGCCCUCACCUUCAGCAUCCAGGACUUCAGCUACCUGUACAACCCGAACAACGAGACCGCCGGCACGUUUGUGCCGGCACAGAUCCUGUACGACGCGUUCCACGGGCGGUACAACAGCUCGGUGGGCGCCAUCGUGCUGCUGUUCGUCAUCUGGGGCUCAUUCUUCUUCGGCGGGCUGUCCAUCACGACGAGCGCGGCGCGGGUGGUGUACGCGCUGUCGCGGGACCGGGGCGUCCCGCUGUCGUCGGUGUGGCGCCGCAUCCACCCGCGGCACAAGGUGCCGGCGAACGCGGUGUGGCUGUGCGCGGCGGUGUGCGCGCUGCUGGGCCUGCCCAUCCUGCGCAUCAACGUGGUGUUCACGGCCAUCACCUCCAUCGCCACCAUCGGGUGGGUGGGCGGCUACGCGGUGCCCAUCUUCGCGCGCAUGGUGAUGCGGGAGGACGACUUCCGCCCCGGCCCCUUCUACCUCGGCCGCGCCAGCAGGCCCGUCUGCCUCGUCGCCUUCCUGUGGAUCUGCUACACCUGCUCCGUGUUCCUGCUCCCCACCGUGUACCCCAUCAAGAUGGACACCUUCAACUACGCGCCCAUCGCGCUCAGCGUCGUCCUCGGCCUCAUCAUGCUCUGGUGGCUGCUCGACGCGCGCAAGUGGUUCAAGGGCCCCGUCAGGAACAUCGACGAACACAACAACGGCAAGGUCUGA